AUGGCCGCCUCUGAGGCCCCGGAGGCCCCUGGCUCUCCCCAGACCACUGGACAGGCUGUCCAUGUCGAGUUGGCUGGCAAUGCAAGCUGGCCUCAAUGCCGUCUACGCCAGUGCAUCCUUGAAAUUCUCAACACCUACAGCUUCAGCACCUGCAGCCCGGUGAAGACUCCUAUGAAUCCCAACCUCUGCUUGUCGACCUCCAUGGCUCCCAGCACUCCUGACGACGUUGCUUACAUGCAGGACAAGCCCUACGUCGGCACUGUAGAUGCCCUGCUCUACCUGGCAAUCUGCACUCACCUGGACAUAUCAUACUCCUGGCUAUGUGUCUUGUCCCACCCAAGGAUAUGCUUCCUCAGUGCCUGGGUGCACAUGAGGUGGAAGGAAAGGUUCCAGCACUGCCCAUGA